GGACUGAACUGGCUCUGCGCGUGCUGCACGACUACCUCAAGACUCAACUUCCGACUAACUCACCUCAAGCGACCCCGACACAGUCUCCGAGAUGGGUAUCGACAUCGCACACCACCAUGUCAGAAAGGGGCACCGAACAGCCCCGCGAUCCGAGGAUCCCUACCUCAUGCUCCUUGUCAAGCUUUACCGCUUCUUGGCCCGCCGAACCGAAGGUACCUUCAACAAAGUUGUCCUUCGAAGACUUUACAUGAGCAAAAUGCACCGACCCCCAAUGUCAAUUUCACGUAUCGCUACCUCCAUCAAGGAUACUCCCGAAAAGACUGUCGCUCUCGUUGGUACCGUCACUGAUGAUGUCCGUUUCCUCGAAGUCCCCAAGCUAUCCAUUGCUGCCCUCCGUUUCACCACCACUGCUCGCGCUCGAAUCCUUGCCGCUGGUGGAGAAUGCCUUACCUUUGAUCAAUUGGCACUCCGAUACCCCACCGGCUCUAAUGUUGUCUUGCUCCGAGGAAAGAAGAACGCCCGUGAGGCCAACCGCCAUUUCGGUCAUGGUCCACACAAGAACAAGCGACCAUAUGUCUUGUCCAAGGGACGCAAGUUCGAAAAGGGUCGUGGUCGUCGUCAAUCUCGUGGUUUCAAGGUCUAAGCUUCUUAUCCUGGUUUUUCCUCGAGGGAAACUUCGUCCCGUGCUAUGUCACUACUUCUCCAUAUGGCUAUGCAAUUGUUCAUGUCUCAUUGUCACAGCCUGCAUGCCCUGUCCGGCUCCCAAUACAAACGAGAGCUCGCCAAAUGAACGGACGUCAUACUAU